CUAGUCUUCUUUCCAAUUGGAAUUCUCUUAGAAUCUCCAAGAAAUUGGGAUUUUUUUCCACAAUAAAUACCCCUUCACGUUCUCCACCCAUCUCCCAUAUUUCCACCUCCCUCCUUCACCCUCCGUCAUGGCGGCUGCUAUUUCUUGCUCACCCACCGACCUCCGACCCCUUUUGGGCGCAGCUGCCAACGCGAGUGCAGCUGCAGAAUACAUCUGCAGCCGCUUUGAUGCUGUGUCAAACAAGUUUGUCGACACAGCCUAUGCUGUGGACAACACCUAUCUUCUGUUCUCUGCCUACCUUGUUUUUGCAAUGCAGUUUGGGUUUGCCAUGCUCUGCGCAGGAUCAGUUCGCGCGAAAAACACCAUGAACAUUAUGCUCACCAACGUCCUUGACGCUGCAACGAGCAGCAUCUUCUACUACCUCUUUGGAUUUGCAUUGGCCUUUGGCAAACCGUCAAACGGUUUCAUAGGGCAGCACUUCUUCGGCCUCAACAAGUUUCCCUCUCAAUCUUUCGAUUACGGUUACUUCCUUUAUCAAUGGUCUUUUGCCAUUGCAGCUGCUGGGAUCACAAGUGGUUCCAUUGCUGAACGAACCCAAUUCGUCGCGUACUUGAUCUAUUCGUCCUUCCUGACUGGAUUUGUCUACCCAAUUGUGUCCCAUUGGUUCUGGUCUGCUGACGGAUGGGCUAGCCCGACACGUGCUGACAAUCUCUUAUUCGGGUCUGGGGUCAUUGAUUUCGCAGGCUCCGGCGUUGUUCACUUGGUUGGUGGCAUUGCUGGCUUGUGGGGUGCCCUAAUUGAAGGCCCCCGCAUUGGACGUUUUGAUCAAGAAGGCAGGUCCGUGGCAAUGCGUGGACACAACGACACAUUGGUUGUUUUGGGCACAUUUCUUCUCUGGUUUGGUUGGUAUGGCUUCAAUGCUGGCUCUUUCCUCAACAUCCUAAAGGCAUACAGAACAAGCGGAUCAUAUUACGGGCAAUGGAGUGCAAUUGGAAGAACUGCGGUCACAACCACACUCGCUGGAUGCUCAGCAGCACUCACUACUCUCUUCGGAAAGCGCUUGCUCUCCAGUCAUUGGAACGUUACUGAUGUCUGCAAGGGUUUGCUUGGUGGGUUUGCAGCAAUCACUUCUGGCUGCUCGGUUGUCGAUCCUUGGGCUGCAAUCAUUUGCGGGUUUGUGGUAGCUUGGGUUUUGAUUGGGUGCAACAAGCUUGCUGAGAAGUUGAAGUAUGAUGAUCCGCUUGAAGCAGCACAGCUCCAUGGGGGGUGUGGCUCGUGGGGGAUUAUUUUCACGGCAUUGUUUGCAAAAAAGGCUUAUGUGAAUGAGAUAUAUGCAGGGCAGCCAGACAGGCCGUAUGGGCUUCUGAUGGGCGGUGGCGGAAAACUACUGGCGGCGCAUUUGGUCCAGAUUGUGGUGUUUAUAGGGUUUGUGAGCGUGACAAUGGGGACAUUGUUUUUCUUGCUUCACAAGUUAAAGCUCUUGAGGAUUUCAACUGAGGUGGAGAUGGCAGGAAUGGAUGUCACAAGUCAUGGUGGAUUGGCUUAUGUGUAUAACGAUGAAUUCAGCUAUCCGGCAACACCAAAACUGGGCUCAAACACAGGCACUACUCAAUCUGUUUGAUUUGAAUUUGAUAUUGUUCCCGCACCUUAAAUCUUCGGAUGUAAUAUGUAGUUUGGUAAAUUAGCUAGGUACUUAAUGAAAUAUGCAGA